UCCUGCCGAAGUGUUUGGAUUUCCUGCAGCCCGCGCCCGCCGCUGCCGCCGCCGCCACCGCCGAGCGGCUCGAGAGAGCGGCUCCGCGUCGCCGGCCUCCUCCUCCCCCCCUCGGCACAUGGUCGCCCGCCCCUUCCUGCGCCGCGCUCGGCUCCCGCGCCUCGCCCGGCCUCGCCGCGUCCCCGAUGGAAUAAUGCCCAGCGGCCCGCCCGGUCCCGGUACUUACUGCUGGAAAAGGAGGAAGGAAGCCCGCUUGAGGGACCCUGCAAGCUUCAGUGCCUAACCUUGACUAGUGGUCGUUUUCGGAUGUGACGGCUGAGACAUGAGAUCUUCAGCCUCCCGGCUCUCCAGUUUUUCCUCAAGAGAUUCACUAUGGAAUCGGAUGCCGGACCAGAUCUCCGUGUCCGAGUUCAUCGCCGAGACCACCGAGGACUACAACUCGCCCACCACGUCCAGCUUCACCACGCGGCUGCACAACUGCAGGAACACCGUCACGCUGCUGGAGGAGGCUCUAGACCAAGAUAGAACAGCCCUACAGAAAGUGAAGAAAUCUGUAAAAGCAAUAUAUAAUUCCGGUCAAGAUCAUGUACAAAAUGAAGAAAACUAUGCACAAGUUCUGGAUAAGUUUGGAAGUAAUUUUUUAAGCAGAGACAACCCUGACCUUGGCACCGCUCUUGUCAAGUUUUCUACACUUACAAAAGAACUGUCCACGCUGCUGAAAAAUCUGCUCCAGGGUCUGAGCCACAAUGUGAUCUUCACCUUGGAUUCAUUGUUAAAAGGAGACCUGAAGGGUGUCAAAGGAGAUCUCAAGAAGCCAUUUGACAAAGCCUGGAAAGAUUAUGAGACAAAGUUUACAAAAAUUGAGAAGGAGAAAAGAGAGCACGCAAAACAGCAUGGGAUGAUCCGAACAGAGAUAACAGGCGCUGAGAUUGCAGAAGAAAUGGAAAAGGAACGAAGGCUUUUUCAGCUCCAGAUGUGUGAAUAUCUCAUUAAAGUUAAUGAAAUCAAGACCAAAAAGGGUGUGGACCUACUGCAGAACCUUAUAAAGUAUUAUCAUGCACAGUGCAAUUUCUUUCAGGAUGGCUUGAAAACGGCUGAUAAACUGAAACAGUACAUUGAAAAGCUGGCUGCUGACUUAUAUAAUAUAAAGCAAACCCAAGAUGAAGAAAAGAAACAGCUAACUGCACUCCGAGACCUAAUAAAAUCCUCUCUGCAGCUUGAUCCGAAAGAAGUAGGUGGUUUCUAUGUUCCCAGCAGGGCUAACAGUUCUAGAAGAGACUCUCAGAGCCGGCAAGGUGGGUACAGCAUGCACCAGCUCCAAGGCAACAAGGAGUACGGCAGUGAAAAGAAGGGCUUCCUGCUGAAGAAGAGUGAUGGGAUCCGGAAAGUGUGGCAAAGAAGGAAGUGUGCUGUCAAGAAUGGGAUCCUGACUAUUUCACAUGCAACUUCCAACAGGCAGCCUGCCAAGUUAAACCUCCUCACCUGCCAGGUGAAACCAAAUGCUGAGGACAAGAAGUCUUUUGACCUGAUAUCACAUAAUCGAACAUACCAUUUCCAGGCAGAAGAUGAGCAGGAUUAUAUAGCGUGGAUAUCAGUACUGACAAAUAGCAAAGAAGAGGCCCUAACCAUGGCCUUCCGUGGUGAGCAGAGCACAGGGGAGAAUAGCCUGGAGGAUCUAACCAAAGCCAUCAUCGAGGAUGUACAGCGGCUCCCUGGAAAUGACAUCUGCUGUGACUGUGGCUCAUCAGAACCCACGUGGCUUUCAACCAACUUGGGUAUUUUGACCUGUAUAGAAUGUUCCGGCAUCCAUAGGGAAAUGGGGGUGCAUAUUUCUCGCAUUCAGUCUUUGGAACUAGACAAAUUAGGAACUUCCGAACUCUUGCUGGCCAAGAAUGUAGGAAACAAUAGUUUUAAUGAUAUUAUGGAAGCAAAUUUACCCAGCCCUUCACCAAAGCCCACCCCUUCAAGUGAUAUGACUGUACGUAAAGAGUACAUCACUGCAAAGUAUGUCGACCACCGCUUCUCCAGGAAGACCUGUGCCUCUUCCUCAGCAAAGCUGAAUGAAUUGCUUGAGGCCAUCAAGUCCAGGGACUUACUUGCACUAAUCCAAGUCUAUGCAGAGGGGGUGGAGUUAAUGGAGCCACUGCUGGAACCUGGACAGGAGCUCGGAGAGACAGCCCUUCAUCUUGCCGUCAGGACUGCAGACCAGACAUCUCUCCAUCUGGUUGAUUUCCUUGUCCAAAACUGUGGGAACUUGGAUAAGCAAACAUCUGUGGGGAAUACAGUUCUGCACUAUUGCAGCAUGUACGGCAAGCCAGAGUGUCUGAAGCUGCUGCUCAGGAGCAAGCCCACCGUGGACAUUGUUAACCAAAAUGGAGAAACUGCCUUGGAUAUAGCAAAGAGAGUCAAAGCUACCCAGUGCGAAGAUCUGCUUUCCCAGGCUAAAUCUGGAAAGUUCAACCCUCAUGUCCAUGUAGAGUAUGAGUGGAAUCUUCGACAGGACGAGAUGGAUGAGAGCGAUGACGAUCUGGAUGACAAACCAAGCCCGAUCAAAAAGGAACGCUCACCCAGACCACAGAGCUUCUGCCACUCAUCCAGCAUCUCGCCACAGGACAAGCUGGCACUGCCAGGGUUCAGCACUCCACGGGACAAGCAGCGGCUCUCCUACGGAGCCUUCACCAACCAGAUCUUCGCUUCUACGAGCACAGAUUUGCCCACAUCACCCACCAGUGAGGCUCCCCCUUUGCCGCCUAGGAAUGCUGGGAAAGGUCCAACUGGCCCACCUUCAACACUCCCUCUAGGCACCCAGACCUCUAGUGGCAGCUCCACCCUAUCCAAGAAGAGGCCUCCUCCCCCACCACCAGGACACAAGAGAACCCUGUCUGACCCUCCCAGCCCACUACCUCACGGGCCCCCAAACAAAGGCGCAAUUCCUUGGGGUAACGAUGUGGGCCCAUCAUCUUCCAGUAAGACGGCAAACAAGUUUGAGGGGCUGUCUCAGCAAGCAAGCACCAGUUCUGCUAAGACUGCCCUUGGCCCGAGAGUACUUCCUAAACUACCUCAGAAAGUGGCACUAAGGAAGACAGAGACCAGCCAUCAUCUCUCCCUCGACAGAGCCAACAUCCCACCCGAGACUUUUCAGAAAUCAUCACAGUUGACAGAGUUACCCCAGAAACCACCACUUGGAGAUCUGCCCCCAAAGCCUAUGGAACUGGCCCCUAAGCCCCAAAUUGGAGAGUUGCCACCUAAGCCUGGAGAGCUGCCCCCUAAACCCCAAUUAGGUGACCUGCCCCCUAAGCCACAGCUCUCAGAUUUACCUCCCAAGCCACAGAUGAAGGACCUUCCCCCCAAGCCACAGCUGGGGGAUCUGCUGGCAAAGUCCCAGGCUGGCGAUGUCUCAGCCAAGGUGCAGCCACCCUCAGAGGUUACACAGAGGUCACACACUGGGGAUCUGUCUCCAAAUGUGCAGUCCAGAGAUGCCAUCCAGAAGCAAGCAUCUGAGGACUCCAACGACCUCACACCCACGCUGCCAGAGACACCUGUACCACUGCCGAGAAAAAUCAAUACGGGGAAAAAUAAAGUGAGGCGUGUAAAGACCAUUUAUGACUGCCAGGCAGACAAUGACGAUGAGCUCACAUUUAUUGAGGGGGAAGUGAUCGUUGUCACUGGGGAAGAGGACCAGGAGUGGUGGAUUGGGCAUAUCGAAGGACAGCCUGAAAGGAAGGGUGUCUUUCCAGUGUCUUUUGUUCACAUCCUGUCUGACUAGCAAAAAGGAGAACCUUCUGUCCGUCCACACCCUUCAUGCCAGACCGCUGCCUCCAUGUAAUCCUGUGUACAACAUGUAUAUAGCUGCUGUUACAGACCAAGAACUCAUGGAAGGGCCACUCAGGAGGGGAAUAUAGUAUGUAUUGUAAAUAUCCUGUGGUCUUCUGCCUUCACCAGUAUUAGGGUAACCUCGGGACCUGGUGCGCCUUACUGGUUUGCCAAAGCCAUCCUUGGCAUCUAGCACUUACAUCUCUCUGUGCUGUUUUAUGAGCAAACAAAAACCAGGAGUAUAGGAACUGCUGGCUCUCCAGGUGAAGAGUCCCCAGCAGCUGUUGAAGGGUGCAGUACUGACUCCUAACAAUGCAGUAUUCUCAAUGGCGUUACUCAACAUGCAACAUUAGCAGAGGUGGGUUCUGCGCUCCGGGUGGAACGUAAAGUUAGCCCCUGGCCAGCCAGCCUGUAGUUAUCUGUGUACACAGUUUACAGCUACAAAAACCUACUUUGGUAUUUAUUACAGAAAAGUGUUCAGUUAGUUGUUUUAUUCCUUCAGCAAAUACUCACUGACACAAUCCUCUGCAGCAGUUUCCAGCAUAUGCAGCCUCGUGCAAGUUUAGAUGAGUGGAUUUGUACAUCUUAUGGCGAGUGGCCACCCCUGAGAUAUUACCUCAUUAUGCAGAAGUAACAUAUCCUUCAUGACUAUUUUGACAAAAGCUUAAAACCACAUCUGAUGAAGUCCAACUUUCAGGAACCAAGGACUGCCAGAAACUAUCUGCCUCUACGUUAUGCAUGCAUCUAAACGCUUACCCAAAUUCUGCCUUUUAUAAAGGAACAAACAGUAUGAAGAAGUGAACUGUACAUUUUUAAACUUGAUUGCCAUUAAAGCGGAAGUUACAAGAUUGCAACAAUGCUUGUUUCUGGUCACUCAUUUGGCCUUUUCCAGAGUGUUUGCACAUCGUGUUGAUGCAGCACCCCCAGAGGUGUUGAAAAGUGUCUAAGGGGUCGGUUCAACAUGAUUUUCUUCAUUUUGUUCUGGAGUAAACCUUUACUGUUCAAGUUGGAAAACUGUAAAGUCAGUCUUUCCAUUUUCUCCUGCAGAAUCCAGGUGCUGACACCACACUUUUCUUUUUCUCCUCCCUCAUCUCUUCCUUAAAUUCCAAUGCUAGAGUAAUUUUCUUACCCUCAACUUAGCCAGUGAACAUAUGCCCUUCAGGUCAGUUUAUAACCGAGUUGUGGGAUGCUGCUAUGAAUUGCACUGUGAUAAAGCUCUCUGCAAGCCAUCUCUGCCUGCCUGUCUGUCUGUCUGUCUCUGUUGUUGCCUGUGUUUUUCUUUGUUUUGCUUCUUUUCCCUCAGCCCAUUCAGCAGAUUGUGUUUCCAUCUUUGGCUUCAGAGUGAAUUUGGUGAAAGGAUGCCAGAGCUGUUUUCCUCCUGGGUCCAGGACUGUUGUGAUUCUGAGAUGUGCUGUCAUGCCAUGUCACAUUUGACAUUUAAGUUCAUUUUGACCACAGCACAGAAGACAAAUACUCUUAAACAGAUAAUCUUGGCAAUGGAUUUUAAAAAAAAACAAAAAACAAAACAAAAACAAAACAAAAAAACCACUGAUUUCACAGAAGCCAAGUUCCCACGAAGCCUGUGGGAAGAGCCCUUUCGUAGUCACAGGGCUCAGUAAAUAAAUACUCAGUUCUGCCUAAGUGGUGAUAGUGAGAAUUCUCAAUAGCCACCCAAGAAAUAAACCUUGCAUGAUAAACCUGCAAAAUACUCUAUCAGCUGUUACUGGGAACUGAUCUUAAACAAUUAUUUCCAUGGUGUCCAGGCACCUGUGCAUCCCCACACCAAACCCAGGAGCAAAAGGCGGCUGACAGCAUGCUGGCGGACCGCCAGCAGCUUUGGUUUAGAGGCCGUCUUGGUUUCGGGAAUGUGGCGGUUGCCCAGCAUGCCGUUUCAGUCACACAUUCUUAAGACGCUUCAGAGUUGCAAUUUGGAGGUCUAGGCUGUCUUCUGUCGAUUUGAACAUAAGCUGGUUUUAAACAAACAAGCUCCAUCUCUAAAAUGAUGAAGAGUUGUUAUUCUCCUCUGCUGCAGGGACUCACACAUAUGUGUGUUCAUACCUUUCUUUUCUGGUUUUUGUUUGUUUCCCAUCAGGAAUUUGAGUUUUCUUUACUCCAUCGUACUGUGGAACAUAUAGGAAAACUAGGUAGACAUUCCUUUGGCAAUCUUGUUAAGUUUAAAUCUGACCUUGUUCUGGAAUGGGGUAAGCCACUAUCUACAGUUUUGUACAUGACAUAAUAUUUUGAACGUGUGCAACAUUAAGAAAGAAAGAUCAAAUUCAUUCCUUUUCUCCCCAGAAGGGAAAAAUUAUGUCUGCAAACAGUGUGUCUUAUUUUCCUGUUGGACAGCAAUUGUUAUUUAUUUUCUUAUUGCCUACGACUUGGACGUGCCGUAUAGGAGCCCAGUCAUGCCUGCCACUAGUUAAAUCCCACAUUCGUACCUGGGAGUUACCAUGAAGCAUCAGUACACGUUUUAUUUCACAUGUACUUAAUGUGACAGUUUCUCAGUACUGUAUGUGUUAAUUUCUACUUUUUUAAUAUUUAAAAUUGCUUUUAAAUAAACAUAUUCUCAGUUGAUCCCAA